AUGGCCAAGGCAAAGGCUGACGACAAGAAGAAGGCCGGCGGAGGCAAAGACCAGGGCAAGGGGAAAGGGGGCGGCGGUGACAAGGAUAGCAAGUUGAAGGCUGCCAAUGCCAUCAAUGUCCGCCACAUACUCUGCGAGAAGCACUCAAAGAAAGAAGAGGCUUUGGCUAAGCUGAGAGACGGAGCCAAAUUUGACGAUGUCGCGCGAGAGUUCUCAGAAGACAAGGCACGACAGGGAGGCUCACUAGGAUGGAAAACCAGGGGAAGCCUCGAUCAUCAAUUCGAAGCGCUGGCUUAUACGUUGGAGCCUAGCACGACGGCAAGUCCCAAGUAUGGUGAGGUCAAGACCGGCUUUGGCUAUCACAUCAUUAUGGUAGAAGGGAGGAAAUGA